AUGACGAUUCUCGCCGGUCUGAUACGACGGCGUUUCGGCGCAUCGAUUCCGGUUCAACUGAAUUACGUUCGGGAACCGUCGCGUUUUCUGUUAAACCCGAGUCAAGGGAGAACUCGGUUUCUCAGCGGCGAGGCUGAGUCGAAUCGGGCCGAGUUUCCGGUGGAGAACGCUUACGAUAUCUUGAGCGUCUCCGAGUCCAGCUCGAUCGCGGAGAUCAAGGCGUCGUUUCGAAGACUCGCUAAGGAGACUCAUCCGGACUUGAUCGGUGCGAAGAAGGAUUCAUCUACUUCGCUACGUUUUGUUCAGAUUCUAGCUGCUUAUGAGAUUCUUUCAGAUUGUGAAAGGAGAGCACACUACGAUAGGUAUCUCCUAUCCAGGAGAAUGGUAGUGACGAAGCAAUCUAGACAACAAGGGUACAUGAUUUACAGGUAUAAGGCGGGAUUAACUUUGAGCGAAGAGAUGGAAGUGGUUGAGUGGCUAAAGUGGUAUAGAGAAGCGAUACAUGACAUAGUAAUGGAGAAGAGAGUUGCAAACGGUACAGGGUACUUAGAUGAGCUGGAAGAAGAUUUUUACUCAGCUGUCCGAGCAGCGUACUUUGGACCUGACGUGGAGUCUGUAGAGCUUCUUCCUGAUUGUUUUGAAGCUGAGGAAAGGUCUGUGUACGACACGAGAGAGGUCUUGCACUUGGUGUCGGGACGAGAUCUUUUCGGUAUGGUCUGCUUGGUGGAUAAGUUUCUUGAGCUCUCUUCUGCCUGCUCCAAGAAACUGGCUUUGUCUUCCUCGUUUAUUGAUUCAGACAUUGGUCAAACUGUUGAGAAAGGAAACCAGGAUGAAAAGAUUGGCCUUCAGAUGUCUCAUAUACAAUCCUCCAGAAAGCAAAACCAUGUUUCGGAUGCGUAUAAAGAUAUACAGCUUCAUGUAUCAGGAAGAGUUGUUGCUACAGCCAUUAGAGUUCCUCCAAAAGGGUAUUUCGAGAAGAAACAAAAUGAAGGUGAUCAUGAUCAGAUACACGUUUUUUUCAGUUCAGAUGAAGGGUCUGAUCAUGGCACUGAAUCUUCUCCGGGAAAUGAAACUGGAGCCAAGCUUCUUGUUGGAACAAUAAGUGGUCUUGGGACAAGUCCAGAUGAAGGCUCAUGUGAUGUCUAUGAUGGGAAUGGUGUCAAGACUCAUGUCAUAAUGAAACAUAGGACAUUUCUGGUGAGGCAUUUGCACUGGUACAAGAUUGGGGAGAAGGUUUCUAUCUGCGAGUGUAGAUGCAGUAGAGCAAAACUACCACCAAGCAAGUUUUGGUUGUUUGAGCCUCGUUGUGGUUUGCAUGAUGUUGGAGGUUGGUAUAUUGAAACUUAUGGUAAAGAUAAAAAGAACAGGACUGUCCUCGCACAAAGAUUCUGGGAUGGACUUGAAGUAGACGAUACACUAGAUGGGAGACUGCACCCUGGUAUCUACUUGCUUACACUAGCCUAUAGAACUCUUGAUCUUGAAGAUGAAAGGAGAAGGAAACGUUCAAUAGUGGAAAUCAUCGUUACAAGGUUAUCUAGAACGUUGGAUUGGUGUAAGACAAUAGUUAAGAGAAGGUCCGAGUGAAGAUCAAAAUAUGAUUUGAUUCUUCACAUGGAUACAAAAGCCCCAUGGCGCACUAAAGCUUCUCCAAAUGGUUGGUUGGGGACUACAUGGCACUCUCGUAGAAUCCUACGCCUACCUUAACCAGAAGAUAACAUGUGUUGGGGUUGUCUCUCCUGCCAUAAGACCAACCGAGCCGUCUCUUCAGUUUUACACCAAUGUUGCAGUGUUUUCUUAAUCAUGGCCAGAAUGGGUGCGACUGGCUGGGACAACAGGCAACAGCAGAGAAAUAUAUAGCUUUUAAAAUGGGGGAAUGAUUUGUACUAAGAAGAACUUGGAUUUGAUGGAGAGUUAUGUUUUCAAAGUGACUCAUGAGUCUUGUACAAAACUUUAAAUCUAAUGAAGCUGGUAGAUUCUUAAGUUUUGGUACUUUCUACAGAAAUCAAAUACAGGGGAAGUCAGAAGAGAGACUUUCAUACAGCUUUAGGUUGAGGUCAUUUCCAAGGAAACACUAAAUUUGGUAUAAUUAUAACGCCAGAGAGAAAAAAACGAAGCUCUCC